GAGUAUUUGUGUCCCUUGUUCUUCUUGGUCUUGGUGUCAAUAAGUUAUACUGUUACAGUGCCGCCUGCUGCUUGAUCUUCCAUUGCAUACGGUGGUUUAAUCAAUUCGCCAAAACGGGUCUCCCUCUGUGGAUGCUUGGUUUCGGUGCGGACCUCUUGUGGGCCGACAUGAACCGUCUUCUUGCUUUUCUUUUCCACCAGGGAGUGUUGGAUGAGCAAUUUUUGCAGCUUCAACAGCUGCAAGAAGAGGCCUCCCCAAACUUCGUCUCUGAGGUUGUCAACAUUUAUUUUCACGAAUCCGAGAAGCUGCUCAACAAUCUCAGAGGAUUGCUAAUGGAAAGGGAGUUAUCAGAUUACAAGAAAAUGGGAAUCCAUUUGAAUCAGUUCAUGGGAAGCAGCUCAAGCAUCGGUGCCAAGAGAGUCACAAACAUUUGCGUUGCCUUUCGUGCUGCUACAGACCAGAGCAACCGUGCAGGAUGCUUGCGAGCGUUGGAGAUGCUGGAGCAUGAAUACUGCUAUCUCAAGAACAAGUUGCAUGAAUUGUUCCAAGUAAGUUGCAUUGCAUUCGAAGGUUUUAAUGCUACGACUGAGAUU